GCGUUGCUCAAUGGCGCCCCGGAAUCUCGGACUUUCCGGGGGGAGUUGCGUGAGCGAGGAUUCCCGACGCGACACCAUAAAGGGCAGCUCUCUCCUGGCGCCGCAGUGCACUCCCGAGGGCCCUGCCGGCCAGACGCUUUAGCUGAAAAACCUUCUCAAAAUGGCGUCGUCGAAAAAAACAUACGCCCUUGUUUCCGGCCUUUGCCUCCUCCUGCUGGCGCAACAGGCGAUGUCCCACACAUGGGGACACCACCGGCCGAGCUUCCGCAAGCCGUACGAGCGCUAUGGCCACCGUGGACUGCACGAUGGCUACGGCAGUUACGGGAGGCGAGACGGCGGAUACGGCAGCUCCGUGUCUGUGUCUCCGGCCGCGCAUCAUGGAAGCGAAGGACCUGGCCAAGGGGCGGUCGGCAUUUCGCCGUUCCCGACGGACGAAGGAGUGUUAGGAGCUCCUCCCGUAGCGACGGACGGAGGAAAGGGACACCUCCACCUGGUGGGCGGCAUCGAAGGGCUGACCGGAGCAGAAGCCUCGCCUCCCAGCGCGGGAUUCCCGGGCGAAGACUCCUUGGUGGCCGCCCCUGGGCUAGGCCAAGGAGUCCGCGUCAGUGACAUCGAUCUGAGGGGCGGUCCUGCGGGGGGAGAGUGAGGGCGGUUCCUGAAGCGACGCUUCGAAGAUAAAACAAAACCAACAUGAUGUGAGAGUCUCAAUAAACGUUUUCAUAA